AUGAAAGAAAAAGCAACUUGUCUUAUUGAUGAUGGUAUAAAGAAAGCUUUCGACACUGCUGGCAGUGGCAGCAGUGUUAAGGACGGUAUUCCAUGCAAAUGGGAAGAAAAUGACAAAGAUUGGGAAUAUUGCCUUAAGAGCAUUCACAUAAGUGGCACACCUGGAUCAGGGGAGAAUGCAAAGAAGAGAGUAGAUGAUAUACUGAAGGCUGACAACACCAAAUUAGAACCAAUGGAAAAUAAAAUAAAUGAAUUGUCCCUAUGUGAACGCUUCCAAUGUAUAUCCAAAAGAUGGUUAAAGGAUUUCCACGGGAAAGGGAUGAACGGCGAAUCCCUAAAGAAGGACGACUGGGAUGAAGUGUGGAGUGAAGGCAAAGAACAAAUCCCCAUACUGGGAGAAGCCUUCACGAAGGCAACAACUACGGAGAAGCAGAAUUUUCAAUCCUACUGCACAGGACUUAACGAAAAAAGUGGAAAGGAUGCUUGCAUCCUUAUAGCAGCAGGAUUAAAAAACCUCUACGACAUCAACGGCAAGGACCCCGUCGAUGUAUCGUUCCGAAGAACGAUGCAAUGUGUUCUAUUAAAUGCCAUUGCAGAUAAACUACAACACGAAAACUUUCCAUGUAAGGAUGAGAAGAAUGUAACGAAGGGGAUAGAUGAAGCUUUUAAGAAGAGUGAGGCUAUUAUGGGUAAAGGUAAAGGUUGCAUGGGUAAUGAUAAAUGUUUUAAGUGUGAGAGGUAUGAGGAGAGUUUUAAAAGUUGCAAGGUGAAUAGCACUGAAAUUGUGAAGGACAAAGUAGAUGAUAUGCUCAACAACGGUGCUAAGGAUGAAAUGAAGAAAAUUAAGGCCCAAGCUAUAAAGGACAUAUGUAAACCGUGUACAGACGACAGUACGAAAUCACUGUGUGAGCAACUUAAUUGCAUUGCGCCCAAGUGGAAGGAGAACAGGAGGCACCACGAUUAUAAAAAAAUGGGGGACGACUUCAAGACGCACUUAUCACAUCUACUUAACUACAUGAAGAACACUGAUUAUCAAUCAAAAGUUGAACAACACUGCAGCGACUGGGACGAAAGCGACGCCCACGGCGCCGCAAAUAAAACUGCUUGCAAACUCGUUGCAGCGGGGCUGCACCGAAUAUCCACAAUUCAGCAGAAAUAUGACAGGAAUAACGAUAAUAAUCCUUAUGACAACCAAGAGUUUAAACAAUUCGCUUUUUGCUUAUUGCUAAAAGCUAUUGCAAAAGAAAUGAAGGAAAGGAGCAUAAUUUGCAACAUAGAACCCGGCAUAAACAAGGCAUUCGAGUCUGCCAGCGCCAUUAAAGACGAACAUUGCAAGAACGAUAAACCCUGCAUUGUUUGUAAGUUGACGGACGCAUUUGACAAUUGCCCCAUUGGCAAUGUCAAAGGGAGCUCCAACGUAGAGAUCAAUUUGGACAAAUUGCUCCAACAGAAGGAAGACAGCGUCAGGGACACUCUCACCGCAAUAACUACAACAAAAGGAAACAAAGGUCCCUCCCUCUGUAGUCGUUUACAGUGUUUAUCUUCUCGAGUACAUGCACUUACGACAUCCAAAACAGCAAAAGCAGAGUUGAGGCAGAGUGCG